UUCUGAAAACGUAACAUAUUUUUCAAAAAUGGUAUCUUAUUAUAUCACUUCAGAAAACUUAACUUGUGUUAUAGAAUGAUAAGAUGAACAAGAACAAAGAUGAUCCAAGCAACGUACAAAUGUGGGUGUCCACCAAAGAAGGAGAAACCUCCUUGUUCACCCUGUUGCGCCUCCAAAAAAGUGACAAUUAAGUCUCCAACUCCUUCAGAAGUUAUUCCUGAAACUCCAACAUUCGACGAACUUUUGCAAUGUUGUCCUAUCAAACCUUCAGACGCUUAUCAAAGGCCUAGUAAAAUUCGUUCGGACAUCGCGGAUAGGGGUCUGCCGUAUAAAGAGAUCGAAGCAAUCAUUAAUAACAAUAGAGUAGUGAUCAGAACGCAGACGGAGCCUGGCAGACCCGACUACGAUCCUCCAUGUGACUGCAACGAAGAAGGUCUUCCUGCCCGACAAGUCGCACCCGAUGAAACGGAGCAACAGAGUUCAGGAAACCAAACAGUAACCCUGUAUCCUGCGCCUCCAGAAGAGGAAAAACCAGAUGAGAACAAUAAUAGCAAUAAGAAUUCGAAAAAAGUGGUAGUCGAACCUGUUAAACCGAAAGAGAAUCCGAACAUCUUCUUGUUAAGGAUGAGGAAGCAGAGUGUCAUGGGCGAUAAGAGGUACAACAUCGAUUUUGAAUUUAAAACACCCCGUCCUUGGUCAACGAAGAAGCGAUUGGAGUACAUCGAGCAGCAAGCCCAACUGUUGCAAUGUACGACUGUACCAGCGACGAACAAAGAUGUCCCUGAACGACAGUCAAAGGCUUCUGGAAAAAGUAGAAAGAAAAAGAGACGGUGA